UGCUCAGAAAUCAGUGCUCAAUAUGAUCUAUGAAAGAGCAUUAAAAGAGCUGCCUGGCAGUUACAAGUUGUGGUACAACUACCUGAGAGAGAGAAGGAAACAGGUGAAAGGCAAGUGUGUCACAGAUCUAGCAUACGAGGAGGUGAACAACUGUCAUGAGAGAGCACUUGUGUUUAUGCAUAAGAUGCCGAGGCUAUGGAUCGACUACUGUCAGUUCAUGGUGUCUCAAUGCAAAAUUACUCGGAGCAGACGGACGUUCGAUAGGGCGUUAAGAGCGCUACCCAUUACCCAGCAUCCUCGCAUCUGGCCCCUGUAUCUUCGCUUU